AUGAAACUAUUCGUCGUGUGUCUUUUUAGCGCCCUUCAACUCGUCCCGCGAGGACUUGGUCACCAGAUACACGGAAUACUACUCGUAAACGGCACGGAAACACCAGAAUGGAAAUACGUCCGCGACGUUGGUCCCGCAUUCGACUAUGUCCCGGGUUCAUACCCCGAGGGGCACCAGUUCCCCAAGACGCCGCCGCAGAUGGACAUCAACCACCCCGAUAUCACCUGCGGCAGGCGGGCGUUUGAGUCGGCCGCCACCACCGAUACAGCCGAUGUGCUGGCCGGGUCCGAGGUCGGGUUUCGGGUCUCAUGGGACGGCAACGGAAAAUACGGCAGUUUCUGGCACCCGGGCCCAGCGCAGAUCUAUCUGUCACGCGCCCCCGACGAUGACAUGAAGCAUUACCGAGGCGACGGGGACUGGUUCAAGAUCGCGUACGGUGGGCCAGUGGGGAAUAAUGAGUGGCUGCUUUGGGGGAAGCCCGAGUUCAACUUCACCAUCCCACCGACGACACCGCCGGGCAAAUACCUGAUGCGCAUCGAGCAAUGGAUGCCCACCCACUUAUUCAACUACAGCCAGUGGUAUGUCAACUGCGCUCACAUUCAGGUCCACGGCCCGGGCGGAGGGACACCAACGGGGUUCGCACGCUUCCCGGGGACGUAUGACAUCGAUGACCCUGGUCUCCGGAUACCCGUGAACCAAUUCGUCAAUGGCGGAUAUGUGCCGGACGAGGAGAUGAGAUUGCUCGAGUAUAAGCCCCCCGGGCCGGCCGUCUGGACUGGGUAG